AACUAUUUAAAAAAGAUGAAGUACUCGGCUGAAGCAGAGUAUCCUGAUCUGACCAAGCACAACAACCACAUGGCUAAAGUGCUCACCCCUGCCAUGUACAAGUGCCUGCACAACAAACAGACACCGAGUGGCUUCACGCUGGAUGAUGUGAUUCAGACUGGAGUCGAUAAUCCAGGUCACCCAUUCAUUAUGACUGUGGGCUGUGUGGCUGGAGAUGAGGAGACCUAUGAGGUGUUUAAGGAGCUGCUUGACCCAGUCAUUGAGGACAGGCAUGGAGGAUACAAGCCCACCGAUAAACACAAAACUGACCUGAACCCAAACAACCUCAAGGGUGGGGAUGAUCUGGAUCCUAACUAUGUGCUGAGUUCUCGUGUGCGAACAGGCAGGAGCAUCCGUGGUUUUUGCCUGCCACCACACUGCAGCCGUGGAGAGAGGAGAGAGAUUGAAAAACUCUCCAUAGAAGUUUUAGGUGCCCUGAGUGGAGACCUGAAGGGAAAAUACUAUGCUCUGAAAAAUAUGACUGAAGAAGAACAGCAGCAGCUGAUUGAUGACCACUUUUUGUUUGACAAACCUGUAUCUCCCCUGCUGUUGGCCUCUGGAAUGGCCCGGGAUUGGCCUGAUGCCAGGGGAAUAUGGCACAAUGACAACAAAACAUUCCUUGUGUGGGUGAAUGAAGAGGAUCACUUGCGUGUCAUCUCCAUGCAGAAAGGUGGAAACAUGAAGGAAGUGUUUACUCGUUUCUGCACAGGCCUCACAAAGAUUGAAGAGCUAUUCAAGAGUAAGGGGCGUGAGUUUAUGUGGAAUGAACACCUGGGCUACAUCCUCACCUGCCCUUCUAACCUGGGCACAGGUCUGCGUGCAGGUGUGCAUGUCAAACUCCCCAACCUGAGUAGGCACAAGAAGCUUGAUCAUGUGCUUAUGAAAUUACGCCUUCAAAAGCGUGGAACAGGUGGUGUGGACACUGCUGCAGUGGGUGGUGUGUUUGAUAUCUCUAAUGCUGACCGGCUGGGCUUCUCUGAGGUGGAGCUUGUUCAGAUGGUGGUAGAUGGAGUGAAGCUGCUGGUGGAGAUGGAGAAGCGACUAGAAAAUGGCAAGACCAUUAGUGACCUAAUACCUACUCAAAAGUAAAUUCAGCAAAAAACC